ACAGCUCACUUCCGGUCAGCUGUUUCGGCUUCUUCAGCGCGAGCGUUUAUAGCAGCGUUAGCUUAAAACUGUUCAGCUGGUAGUUUUGUUUGUUUUUUCAGAGAAAACUUUGAUAAAUUUUCAGUUUAUUUUUCACAACCGAACGGCAGCCAUGACGCUUAGUGAUGCCGACGUGCAGAAACAGAUCAAACACAUGAUGGCCUUUAUCGAACAAGAGGCCAGUGAGAAGGCAGAGGAAAUUGAUGCAAAGGCUGAGGAAGAGUUUAACAUCGAGAAGGGACGACUUGUGCAAACACAGAGGUUAAAGAUAAUGGAGUAUUACGAGAAGAAAGAGAAGCAGAUUGAGCAGCAAAAGAAGAUACAAAUAUCCAACCUGAUGAAUCAGGCGAGGCUGAAGGUGCUCAAGGCUCGGGAUGACAUGAUCCUGGAUCUUCUAAACGAAGCCCGUGUGCGGUUAGCCAACAUCGCUAAAGACUCAGCUCAGUACUCGACUCUGUUAGAAGGACUCAUUAUGCAGGGCUUCUAUCAGCUGCUGGAACCGAAGGUGGUGAUUCGUUGUCGUAAGGAUGAUCUGGCCAUGGUGGAGGCUGCAGUCCGGAAGAAUAUCCCCGUCUACAAAGAAACCGUCAAGAGCAACAUUGAAGUCUGCGUCGACAAGGACAACUUUCUCUCCCCUGACAUCUCUGGAGGUGUGGAGGUUUAUAAUGCUAACGGCAAGAUCAAGGUGUCCAACACUCUGGAGAGCAGACUGGAUCUUCUGGCUCAGCAGAUGAUGCCUGAAAUCCGAGUGGCUCUAUUCGGCGUUAACCAGAACCGCAAGUUCAUGGAUUAACAGAUACCGUGACCAAAGGAAUAGAAAUGAAUUAGACUUAACCUCAACAUGCCUGUCUUUGAGUUUGUUUGCACUGUGUAUUAGGGCUCGCUCUGUCUGUGUGUGAACAACUUUUCUUCUUCGGUUGUGAAAGUGGUCCUGAUUUUGAUGACUGGACUUCCUGGAAAAGGGUACAGUGUACUGAAGCGAGCUCCGAUUUAUAAACAGGAUGUGCUUCACCAUGAGCCUCACGUAAUUAUAAAUAUAACUCUGUGAAUGUACAGUAUGAUCUAUGCAAUCAUGGAUAAUAGGGCUCAGAUAUUUAUACUGUAAACAAAGGGUUAAAUUCGCUAACAACUUCAAGCAAUAGCUUUCUGAACGUGUCAGGAUGUUUACUCUGCCCUGCCUUAAACGUGGAAUUGUUGUGUAUCUUGUUUUUGUUCGUUAUUUCACUGCUUCAUUGUGUGCAAGUGUGAAUAUAAAACUAAGGAGGAAAUUCAAUAUUUUAUUUCUAUAUUUGGAAGCAUUUCAGUAUUUGUUAAAAUCACUUUUUACAAUACAAAGGUCAACCCAAAAAACAACAAAAAAACCCAAGCAGUUUUCUUUUCAGUGUCUUUCAUUGUCCUGGAGUGCGCAUGUGAGGGGAUUAGUACAAACAAUUCAUCACAUACAUCAAAUUAUGUACAUUAAAUAACUUAUCGUAUUGAAAUAAUGGACAUGUUUCUUGUCGACACAAUACUGUUAACUGUACCUGUCGUCAAUUCUGCAUUAUAAUAUACAAUCGUGUUUUAUUACGUAAUUGCUUUCACACACAACAGGCCUCAUUUAUCAGUUGUUCAGUAAAGUUAUGUGUAAAAUGAAAUAAAAAUUCCUGCCAGAUUUACAAAGGUUUUGGUAAUGCUGAUUUUUCUUAACGGGAUCCUUUAGCGGAUUGAUUUUCAAACUAAUUUUAUGUAAAAUUAGUUGUAGGUUUCAAAACUCCAAAUUUUUUCAUUUUCAGAGACCAAAUAGUUGUGGGGGGGGGAACAAAAACAACUUUUUUUUUUUUUUUUUUUUUUUAAUAAAAAGAAUUGCAGAUGGGCUUCCUGUGGUAAUGACGUAUGCGAUGACGUCGAGUAGCGAUUGCUUGGAGCAACUCGGCGUGAUGUAUUCUUUGUUUACUUUGUAAUUUUGCUAGUUUUAGAAGUAUUAUUUUUAUCAAAUUUAUCAGUUUUUAAAGAAGUAUGCCUCAUUGUGUAGCAUGUACGAGGGAAAGUCAAAAAGUUCUAAGACAAAUUGGAAAAAUCUUUAUGAAAAUAACAAGGCUCUUUCUCUACAUAUCCUCUAUUUAAAUCUAAGCAUUUCUGCAAGUGGUGUUUCCAUCGGAGAAUUCCUUCUUUGUAGAGUUCUGGGGGACGUCUUUCACACCUUUUUGAAAUUAUAACAUCGGUCUUAGAACUUUUUGACUUCCCCUCGUAAAUGUCACAAUGAUGCUGAAAAGAAAGCACAAGCUGGAACUAGACUGCAUUUUGUCUGUGGAAAUGCAAAGUGUGAUUGUAUAGCUGUGGCAGAGGGUCACCAACAGAAACUGGAUCAGACAUGAGACCUUGCGCUGCAAAAAAAUUUUUUUUUUUCUCCACAUGAUCUAUGGAAAGUUUGUGG